AUGACCAAUCCGUCUCAGCUAUUCCUCCUUGCAGACCACAUCAAGCUCUCCCUCCUCGAGCGACAACGAGCGAUCUCGCUGGACUUGGAGCCAAACACACAAGACGGGGAGAUUUCAAGGUCGCUCGAGUCGUUACGCGAUGGGCUGGAAGGGCUGGAGAAUGAUAGUAAUCUAGACGCCGAUGCACAGGACCAGAUCACGAAUCUACGCACCCAAUACGACGAUCUCGCGUCCCAUUUUUACGGUGAGAACGGGCCCAGCGAUGCUACACUACAACCCAACGACCCGUCUCUAGGGCCGGACUUUGCCCAUGCCACUCGUGGAAGCAACCUGCAGCAGCCUGUCCCCCAACAUCCCGUAUCCAAGUCCGUGCGAUUCACGGAUUCCGAUCAUACCGAUGAAGAAUACGAAGCGAAUCGAGCUGCACUACUUCAGCCAUACCGCGAUGACCCUUCGCCCAAUAAUCAGUUUGACGCCAGCGAAUUGAGCAAUCAGCAGAUCCAUGAGCAUCACCAGCAGGUCCUGCAAGAGCAGGACUCACACCUUGACCAGCUAGGGGAGUCGAUUGGACGCCAGCACCAGCUAAGUAUUCAGAUCGGCGAUGAACUCGAAGGCCAGGUCGCGCUGUUAGACGAUGUCGACAACCAUGUCGACCGUCAUCAGGGACGGAUCGACACUGCUCGUCGUAGGUUAGACAAGAUCCGGCGGAAGGCCGGAGAUAACUGGAGUCUUAUGACGAUUGUUGGGUUGAUUAUUGUGUUGGUUAUCCUGAUAGUGAUUCUCAAGUAG